AUGUACGAAGAGCGCUACUACUCGUCUCCUGUGGCAGGUUAUCCUCCUUAUUAUGAAUCACCUGUCACGUAUACUCCACCGCCACAUCGAGCUUAUCUUCAAAGAUAUCCUUAUCCUCCACCUAUUGAUCCUUACUACCCACCCUCACCGUACUACUACUAUCCUUCGUUUGAUAUGCGACACGGAUAUAGACGUGAUUUCGAAGAGGGUUGUCUGGGAGCAUGCCUAGGAUGCUGUUUAGCAUAUCUGCUUUGCUGUUGUCUGACUACGACUGGAGAUUGUUACUGUUAA